AGGGGCGCAAGCAAGCCCCCUCGAGCCAAUGCAGCGAUGGAGCCGAUGCAGCUUACUGCGGAGUACUUCGACAAUGCCACCGCCAAGAUGCAGUCUGCGGUGGAUGGCCUCCUCCGGUCCACGGGCAAGGUAUCCAGCGCCAAGGCAGAAAUCGAGAUCUUUACUCAGGUGGAGGUUGCUCGGCGCUUCAUGAUCGCAGUGCUCUGGGAGGCCACGGACCGCGUCGCACUUCAGGAGAUCUUCGGGGGAGACCUGGCCCGGGUCUGCCGCGUGCGCGCGGUCUUGGAAUACUUGGAGACGCUGAAGCUGACCACUGGCACGCAGCGACUGAACCAAUGCAUGAUGGCGUGCCACUCCAUCGAGGAUGUGCUCGCAGAUCUCGGAUUCUCCCGGGCGCUGCGGGAAAUGCAGGAGCUGCAGACCAAGGCAAUGGCGAGCCGCUUUGAAGCAGCCACCGCGGAGGCGCGAUCAGGGGGCGCGCUGGCGUCGCCAGCUUCUGCGCCAGUGGAGAGCGUGCCAGAGACACCAACUCCCAGCACCGACGACGUCGACGCGUUGGACGAUGUGUCGGAUGCCUCGGCACAAGUCGCUGCACCCGCUUCCACUGGGGAGGACUUCUUCGUGGGUGCCGGGGAGAUCUUGGAGGGCUUCUCAGACUCUGAUGGCACUCCGGAAGAAGAGGCCCACAGCUUCUCCAAGCGCCUCGUGGACUUCGGCUCCGGCUUGGCCUCCACGGCAGGCUAUGCUCUCAGCGAAGCCCGGUCCAGGGCAUCAGAGAUGGCCCAACGUGCCGAUAGACAGCUGGGGAUAUCGGAGACCUUCUCGCGGCGGCGACUGGUUGGAACGUCUGAGGGAGGCUCUGGGAGCCUAAUCGUGGAAGUGGUGAGCGUUUCAGACUUAGGCGCCUCAGAGUAUCGACGCUUGGGUGACCUGACCGCAAACUUUGCCGCGGACACGGGGGUCACCAAAAAGCGCCCGCGGAAGGUCUACGUGGCGCUUCAGCUGGGCAACAGCAAGGUGCGAUCUCAAGCCAAGCGCCUGGAGAACGACACUGGCCGGGACUUCGGGUCGAGGCACUUGCUGAGCCUCACGGAGUCACAGAGGACCCUGGUCGUCCGAGUCUUCGACAAGCGGAAGGUUCACCUCGGGAUCCUGGGGGAUCCGCUGGUGGGAGAAGGCAGCUUGGCCUUCCCCGCAGUCUUGGGGCCCGGCAUCGCCCGAGGUGAGGUCCAGUUGAAGCGUGGGCAGCAAGUAAAUGGCCAAGUGCUCCUCAAGUACAAGUUGGUGGACCUGGAUUUCGAGGACGGUUGAGACUGUCUGACAGUCUGAGUCGCGUAUGCCACGGUGGCUCGCUCCAGGCUUGUUUCACUGUGUCCUAGGUGUCCAUUUGCUUAAGGCCUUA